ACCUAGCCUGAACUAGCAAUUUCAAACCAAGCGAAGUGCGGGUUCCAUUCUCCAAGUUUGCUAAUUAGGUCUAGAACUAAUUAGGACCAAGUCUAGGUGGUCGAGGAAAUUGUAUUCUAGAGACUCCUUCAUGGAGCUCUGGGAGUUGACUUGUCCUGGGAUUUGUAGAGCGUUCGCAACCGUCUCGAAUCCUCUGGAGGAUUUGAAAGGAACAUGGGCGAAACAGAAUGCAGCGCUAGGUCAGGUGCAGGGACAGGUGACCACCGCACAUGGUGAGGCGCUGCUCUCGGACAAAUCAUAUCGCGACAUCAACUUCCCAAAAUCGCGUGCCCAACUACGCCUGACGUGUCCCGACUAGCAAAAUUUCUCCCACCCUCGACCUUCAAAACACAGCCGUUAAUUACUCUACAAUUUAAAAUGCUGAGUCGGCGAGGGAGAAGAGAGUACCCUCACCAACCGCCGCGCUCGCACAGGUCCAACGGGAAACUGCCGAAAAAAGGGGGCCUCUGUCGAUUUUGCACCCAGCACGUGUUUACAGCAGCUCUGCUCAAGGGACUGCAAGAUGCGUCGUCUUCGAGCCAACUGUCGGGGUGCAUGAGACACGAGAUUGGCUACUCGCGGAAGGCCUCGGCGCUCAGCGCAUCCAUAUUUCAGGGCUGUCCCUGGUGCGCCUGCGCCGGCAACGGCAUCCUCCACAGCGAGCAUCUAGAUGACGUCCUGCUUCCCAGAUCCCGGGAAGGCGAGCACGACGAAUUCCCCCAGGUCACCCUCGAUGAUCUCUCCUGCGGAGCUGUGCUCGACUUCAAGCUUGAAUUCUUGCAGUCCGAGCCGGGCGCCGUGUCUGGCGUGUUCGACCAGAUCAAGGCCCGCAUUGAAGUGACAUCGGAUAGGCACAAGGGCGGGUGGCGCUGUCGGCUGCCAGAUAUGAAGGGCGAAGACGCCGUGAUGCUUACCUUUGAGGUGAUAGAUUCAUCAGACUCGGCCGACACAACGCCACGACGGAUAUUUCCCCGGCGCUUGCUACUGCCCAAGUUCGAGGACACAUGGCUACCUACAGCUGUCGGGUGGCUGCAGACGUGCAAGGGCUCCCACAAGACCUGCGAUGCCCAACACCACACGUUUCAGCCAGAACGGCUGAUCAUGGUGCGUGGCCGACCUUUGAUCGUCCAACGCGACGCCACCAAGGAGGAUGUACCUGUACAAUACACCACCCUCAGCUACGUCUGGGGCGCCGGGCAGACGUACGUCCUCACACAGUCGUCCCUGGACGAAAUGUGCCAGGGCCUGGACGAAACACGGCUGCCGCGGACCAUCGCGGACGCCAUCGACGUCACGCGGCGUCUCGGGUACGACUACCUGUGGGUCGACGCGCUCUGCAUCGUGCAGGACUCGCCGGCGGACAAGGCGACGCAGCUGCCGAUGAUGGGCGACAUCUACCGCAACUGCGCGCUCACCAUCGUGGCCGCGAACUCGGCAGCGGCGACGGAAGGGUUCCUGCGAGCGCCCGACGAGCCCGACUACUACAUCCCGCCGUUCGCGGUGCCCUUCUCCCAGUCCCGGCCCCGGUCCCAGUCCCGGUCCCAGCCCCAGGCGAAGGCGAAGGCGAAGGCGGAGACGCCAGCCUCCCUGCAGCUCGGGUUCCGGUACGACUACAAGCCGUGGAAGGACCCCAUCAACGACCGGGCCUGGACGCUGCAGGAGCGCGUGCUCUCGGCGCGGUCGCUCGUCUUCUCCUACGACGGCGUCAAGUGGGUCUGCCGCGAGCAGCAGACCAACCCGUCCGCGCCCGCCGACGCACCGCCUCCCUUCCCGCACCUGCUCAAGGGCGGGGGGAUCCCGACCGGCCCCCGCCAGGAGGAGUACCGCAAGAUCUGGCUGGCGCUGCGCGAGGAGUACAACCGCAGGAAACUGACAAACGCAGCGGACAAGUUCCCCGCCGUCUCGGCCAUCGUGUCCGAGGUGACGAGCAAGACGGGCUGGACGUACGUCGCCGGCCUGUGGAAAGAGCACUUGCUUGUGGAUCUCCACUGGCACCGCCACCCCGUCGCCAUCACCAGGUUCCUCGCCACCACGACCGAGGAUCCCUUACUGCCGCGCCCGACGCCCCGCGUGGCGCCUACAUGGAGCUGGGCGAGCUGCGGCGGCGGCGUCAUCAGCGGGGCCGAGAUGGGCGGCGCCGCGAGGGCUCUCGGGGCGUUCCAUUUCCGGAUCCUGUCCGUCACGGACUCUGCGCUCGCUGUCCGGGGGCGCAUGGUGGAGCGCGAGUGGAAGGAGGCCGGCGCUGGCGCUCUGACGGAUGGCUACCUGGUGAGGGAUGCGAGGAAGCAGAUGUGGGAGGAGGAGUCCGGGUAUCCUAUCGGGACGCUGGACGUGCUGGACCCCGGGAUGCGGUCUGGGCGCCGCAUCCACUGUCUUGCCAUGAGCAAAGAGGGGGAGCCGCACAAGGGAGCUCCGCGGGUGGAGGGCCUGAUGCUUGUGCCGAGCUUGGGUUCGGGUUCGGGUCUGGCUGGCCGCGUAUUUGAGCGGGUUGGCUACUUUGAAGCCGUCGGGGAUGGGCCCUUUGGCUCUGCGGAGGAAGUCGAGUUGCAGAUCGUUUGACACCCAUCCAAUUCUAGAAUAAGUUAUUUACACCUCGUAUACUUAGCAAACUGCGAGAGGGCCCCAGACAUCCACCCAUUUGAUCUAUCUACCCAUCUGAAGCGGUAAAACCGAGAGGGAUGCAAAAAAGGU